AUGGAAUGCGCUGGAGGGACGCAGCGACGUCAAGUUGUGCAAUCGAGUUACCGUCCCCCGUCAUGCCCGUUCAUCUCGGUGCGCCAGUUGGGGUUCCGCAUCAACCGCGAGUCUGACCCGAAGCGCCAGUUCAUGAUCGACCAAGAUGGGACGCUGAAGGUGGCGAAUAUGCUGGAUCGCGAGGACAUUGCCGUCUACCGGCUCAUCAUCGAGGCGUUUGAUGCCGCUGGCAACGUCGGCUCUCAAAUGGUGAUGGUCUACCUGCAAGACGUGAACGAUAACGGCCCUAUCCCCUACACGCAGCCCGACCCAUGCAUUUUCAUGGAGAACACGCCGCCGGAAGCCCAGCCCGUGUGCAUGAUUUUUGCCCGCGACGCCGAUACAGCUGAAUACGGGCCGCCCUUCCGCUUUGAGGUGAACCAAGGCAAAUUCAAGUACCAGAAGUACCUCGGCAUCUCGUUCGACCCGACCGGCGACGGAGGCAACGGCUCGAUGAUCGUCCGCCCGACCACCCAAUUCGACCGCGAGGCCGACGAGCCGGGCAAGAUCCUCGAAAUCCCGCUGAUCCUCUCCGACAAGGCGGGCAAGACCAACGAGCAGAGCGUGUACAUCAUCAUCGGUGAUGAGAACGACAACCCGAUGAACGACGGGCAGAAGGCGAUCACGGUCAACUCGUACCUGGGCAAGCUUCAGAAGACCGUCAUCGGGCGCGUCUACGUCAACGACAAGGACGACUGGGACCUGCCGGACAAGCGCUUCACCUGGAAGAAGUCGGUGCCCGGCUUCGACUUGAGCAACGUCGGCGGCGAGAUUACGAUGGACGCCGACAUGCGCCCCGGGACCUACAGCCUGGUCGCCGAGGUGGUCGACGUCGUGCGCAACGAGAGGGCUGAGGGCCGAGUGGACGUCUCCGUACAAGCCGUCGACCAGACCGAAUUCGACUCGCAGGGCUCGAUCCAGCUGCUCCUCUCCCACGAAACGGCCAUCCAAUACCCGUCGGAUUUGAUUCGAGACUCUUCCGGCUCGUCACCGCUCGACAUUUUCAAGAGCGAAGUCGCCUCAUACAUCGGUGCCGGGGCCCUCGUCCAGGUGUUCGCUGUCCAGCUCGACCACGCCACGCUGCAGACGGGCCCACCGGUGCCCGUUGUGACCGUUCGAUUUGCGGUCGCCGCCAACAACCAGGAUCCUGCUAUGUUGCAAGGACUGCUGGCCUCCCGUCGUACCCGUCUGCAGCAGAAACUCGGCACGAUCGUCGUCAGCGUCGGCGUCGACAUGUGCAAGUUCACAACUUGCGACACCGGAUGCCGAACCGAGAACACGGCCACAUUUGAUGGCGUUCUCGUCGAAGCCAACGCCACCGCGUUCGUCGGCGUGAACGCAAAGUCGACGGACAAGUGCGAGUGCCCGGUGUGGGAUUCGCCCGCUCAAUGCCGCCACGGUCUCUGCCACAACGGAGGCGUGUGCCACAACACGAACCCCGGCUUCUUCUGCGAGUGCCGCAACGAUGAGCUGAAGGGCCUGCGAUGCCAAGGGACCACUCGAUCGUUCUCCGGCAACGGCUUCGCAUGGUACAAGAAUAUGCCCGCCUGCACGGCCCUCGACAUUUCCCUCCAAUUCCUCACCAGCCAUUCCGACGGCCUGCUCCUCUACAACGGUCCGAUGUCAGACAGCUCGGAUCGCUACGAAAUCGAAUACCGCGACUACAUCCUUCUGGCGCUGCGCGGUGGCCAAGUCGUGCUGGAGAUGAACAUGAACGGGCAGGCCUCCUCCAACGUCACCGUGCAAUCCGGGUCGCUCAACGACGGGAAAUGGCAUGAUGUACACAUACGACAAGACGGCCGCUACAUCGAGCUGGUCGUCGAUGGGUGCCGGUAUUUGACUGGCGGAGCUGAUGGACAGGUCGAUGAUCGGUCGUGCCGCGCCACUCUGGUGACCCGCGAUGACGACGAGCGCCUGAACAUCGUCACCCCGCUACAGAUCGGCGGCCUGGCCCCGCUGCAAAAUCAGAACUACCCGCCGAUCAUCGCCCAACAGACCGGACUGCAGGGCUGCGUCCGGAAUCUGAUCGUCAACAACGACCAGUACGAUCUGGCCACACCCGCGUAUGAACAGAACUCGGAGCGCGGAUGCAAGCUUUGGGGCUCGGCGUGUGACGCGAACACGAUCGACUCGGUCAGCCACUGUAUCCACGGCGACUGCUACGCGGAUGUGGAGGGCACACCAAAAUGCAUCUGCGACCCCGGCUACGGCGGCGAUCGCUGCGAGAAGAAACUGGACUGGGUACAAUUCGGCGUGAACAGCUACCUGGAGUACAGCGUGAUGAACGCGAUGCUGGACGAGCAGUGGACCGACGUGGAUUUGCUGUUCAUCCCCGGCAGGACGGCCUCGUCAGCGGAAUUGUCGUACGGCUCGGAUGGGCUGAGCAGCUACGUCUCUAGCUCCGUCGAGGGCCAGAUCCCGACCGCCAAUAUUUUUAUCCAGAACAACGCGCAGCCGGGCACCACACCGAUCACCCUGCAACUACCGGGCGUGCAGCUGAAGGAGAACGUCUCGUACUGGAUGCAGCUGGAGCGGAACCCGACUCGUGCACAGCUCGCCGUCGACGGCUCAUACAUUGAUCGACAACCCUUGGACCCUACGAAGCAAUCGUUCGCGUUGGCCAUCAAGGAUUUGCUGUUCUCGUCGAAGGGCCAGGGAUCGGCAAGAGGAUUCCAGGGAUGCGUCGGCACAUAUAGAUGGAACAAGAUUCAAUUGCCGCUGACGAAGGCCGACGACACAUCGGCCAACGCGCUCAUCCACCUGGCCUCGGACACGGGCGUGACGAAGGGCUGCUCGCUUCGCUCAACCUGCCAGACGGUCCCCUCCAACUACUGCGGCGGCUCAUUCAUCUGUCUCGACUUCUGGAAGGGCCCGUUCUGCACGUGCCCCGAAGGUGCUAACGUCAUUCUCGCUGAUGAUGGACAGGUGAUCGGUUGCGGGGAGCAGCUAGCCGUGUCUCGGCUCGGCAUCUCCUCGCCGGCCAUCAUCCUCAUCCUCGCCUUCCUGCUGCUCCUCAUCGCGCUGGUGAUGUCGAUGGUGUUCUACUCUCGGCGGCAAACCCCUCCAUUCGAGCAAGUGCGGCCCGAGGAUUUGAACAGGGACAACCUGCGCCCGUACGCGAUCGAGGGCGGCGGUGAAGCGGACACGGAUCAAUACUCGUUGGCCCACUUGCGGAAGCCGGUAAUGCCGUUGGAUGGAAGUAACGGCAUUGGACACUCUAUCGCGCCUCCCGUCUACCCAGAUCGUCGAGGGCCAGUCGAUGACGCCCUUCGAUCGAGACUACGCGAGCUCGAGUCGGACCCGAACUCGGCGCCUUUCGACGAGCUGAGGGUGUACGAAGAUGAGGGGGACAACGUCUCGAUGGUCACCCUCGAAAGCCUCGAAUCACAAGUCGGAGCCGGAGCUGGAGGAGGAGCGCAUCCGGCCGCCACACAAGAAUGGGGUCCUCGAUAUCCA